CGAUCGCGGCAGUCACGUGUUUGCGUGCUGAACUUUCGACCUUAAUAAUGGGUGUCAGUUGAGGGGGGAUGACUAGAGGUGUGUUCAGCGACCUGAAUGUGCAGAGGCUGGAGAGCCGCGCAGCAAACCUUGCCCUCCUGCAAACCCUCGCAGACAGUGGAUAUGAGAGAGUGGCUAUCUGUCAUCACGUGACUCUCAAGAGAGGCGUCCAGUUGAAGGCAGCCCCCGAUGUGACAGAGUUGGUGGAGAGGACACCUGCUACCAAGAGGGGCAGACAGCUAGAGGUUCUGCAGAGACUCACCGUCAUGGUGGACGACCCUGCUCUUCUUCACACACUAUCCUCGCCAGCAGCUGAAAGCUAUGACCUGUUAGCAGUGUGCCCAGCCAGUGAUAGAGUCUUCCUCCAGGCCUGCAGUGUUCUCCCUAUCGACAUCGUCACGUUCAACUUUGCUGAGAAACUACCGUUUGUUCUCAAAUUCUCUCAACUCUCACAAGCUGUAGAGAGAGGACUUUCUCUGGAGAUAUGUUACUCACCUGCUCUGAGAGGUAGCUCUGGUCGCAGGAACACACUCUCGAAUGCUCAGGAACUGGUGAAGGGGUGCAGAGGGAAGGGUGUAUUGGUGUCUAGUGGUGGAGAGAGGGCUCUUGAUUUCCGCCCACCUCUGGACAUCGUAAACAUGUCUCGUUUGUUUGGACUCACAGACAUCCAGUGCAAGGCAGCCAUCACCACUGUGGGUAGAGCGGCCCUUCUUCAUUCCAGGAUGAGGAGGCAUUCGGCAAAAGCUGUGGUCAGCUCUCACCCACUACCAGCAGGGAGGAGAAAGAGGGAGAGGGAACAAGACAGUGAGACUUCUGUCAAAAAACUCAGAAAAGAUGAUUCAUAGUGUUUCAUGUUUUAACCAUCACAUGUGUAUCGAUCAUAUCAUACAUACAAUGCUUUAAAAAUCAAUGAACAGAAGAAGUGAGAAGCAGCUAUCAUCUAAAGGAGUGAGCUAUGCUGGGUCUAGGUGUGAGGCUGGAGCCCAGCCUUCUCCCUGGGUGUCCUUCACAAACCACCACCCUUCCUGCUUCUCCAACACUUCGUACAGCUGGCCUGCCACCAGAGUGAUUCCAGAGUCCUCGUAGACUGGAACCUGGUACGAGACUGCAGCUCUGUACAUACUGUUGCUGGCGUGAGGUGUCUGCGGACUGCGUCGAGGCUUCGGUAUUGGACGUGCAGCUGGUGUAGGCUUGCUCGAUCCGGCAAUGGGAUGCUCUGUUUUAGGAUGGGAUGGCCCAUUUGCCGGUCUUCCUGGCUUGGACUUGCCUUCCUCUAAGAAAGAGGAUGGAGCCCAGCCUUCUUCGGAGCCGGCCUUCACGUACCACCAUCCGUCGCUGCACUUUUCCAGCACCUCCACAAUUUGCCCAGCUCUCAGAGACAUCUGCCCGUCUCCCCCCGUGUACUCACACACAGCAGUGUAGCCGACAGAGGUCUUGCGGGUCUGAGAGGGACUCGUCGACGGCCUGGGAGGCGGAGUUUUCUUGGUGUGGGAAAUGGUGUUGGAUUUGGGCGGUUCCGGUCUCUUGGGCGGAGCUCUCUUCGUAGUUGCCGUGGUAUUGUAGGGCUUUGGUCUCUGCGGUGGCUGUUUGACGCUCAAGUCCAGUCUCUUGGUAGAGGGAGAGGCUGUUUUCUGUGUGGCAGUCUUGGGUGUGGCAGUCUUGGGCGUGGCUCGUGGCGAGGAUGGUUUAGCAGAUGAGUUAGCUGAUAAGGUUGCCUGCUUCUUCUGCAGCAACUGUGCCAGCUCUGAGACUGGACGGUUGUGGUCAGUUCUGGAAGACAGGGUUCUUUCUCUGGAGUUGGUGGAUCCGUCAGCUGAACGAGACUUCGUGUGUGGUUUGGGGACACUGAGACUAGUGGCACUCUGCUGUGUUCUGGGAGCCAAGUGAGGCUUGGGUCUGGUGGCCUGGUCCCCUGAGCUCGAGGAGCGACCGAUUGGGGUGUGUGUGUUUCCUCCGGUGGUGAGGGUCUUCUUGUUGGUGUGAGACGGGACUGAGAUGGUGGGUUUGCGUUGUUGCGGUGAUGAGAGGUGGGGAGUGGAGGCAGUCAGCAGAGAAGAGGAAGUGGAUUUACCAGGAGGUGAGUUCACGUGAACUUUGUGAGACGGAGAAGGUUUCAGCUGGGACCCUUUCAAUGUCUCCUCAGAGGUGGAGCGACGGAGAGCUGCCUUGUUUCCUGACUGGGGCAGCUCUCUUCUCUUGACAGGCGAUCUCUUGGCUGGCAGUUUGGGUGGAGGUGUCUGCAAGGUCUCAUUCUUGGCGGCUCUCUCCAGGUACGAAGAAGGCACCCAACCCUCCUUGUCCCCCAUCUCCACAGUACCACCACCCACUGGCGUUCUUGGUCACCACGGUCACGGAGCAACCGGCAGAGAAGCUG